AUGGAUCCCAAUACAUUCCCUCCACCUGCAAGAAGAAGAAGAGGUAGAGGGGGAAACAACUCUUUUGCUAACAAUGACAGGAACAGGCCGGGGGCAAACUGGAGGAAUCAUCCAAACCUAGAAGAGCAGGAAGAACACAGGGAGGGAGCUCUGCCCAGGCCAUAUAGGGCGGAGCCUAGGAUUGAUUUCGCCCAACCAGAACAGGGACGAAAUCUUCCCCCUGUCAAUGCUUUGAAUGAUGUGGGGGCAUUACAAAUAAUGAUCAGAGAGAUGAUGGAACUUGAGGCCAGGAGAGGAGAAAGGCCCACCUAUAGAAAGCCAUAUCCAACUUAUAUUGAUCAGAUACCUUUAUCUUCAGGUUUCAAGGUGCCAAACUUCACCUUGUUCAACGGAGAGGACCCCCAUGCUUCAUCAGUUGAGCACAUAGGCAGGUUCUCUGUCCAGUGCAUAGCCAUUGAGAAUAACCCUCUGUUGAAGUUAAGAUUGUUCUGGAAUUCUCUUUCUGGACAAGCUUUCAAUUGGUAUACCAGUCUGCCAGCCAAUUCUGUUCAGGCUUGGGAGCAAAUGGAAAGUGUUUUCCAUGACUAUUAUUACAGGAUUCAGCCAGAAGUCACCAUUAGUGAUCUUGCUGCCCUCUAA